AUGGAACAGAUUUGCUACCGUCUUGAAGAUAGAGUAGAAGAGACCCUGGGCUCGAUUAGUCUCGUCGGGUUUUAUCUCAUCCUUCUACUCAACGCAAGAAAGGCUAAAUCCAUCCAUAAGACGGACAAUAAAAUCCGGAGAAAAUCUCUUGAGAUCACCCGACACGUUACACUACACCACGAAGACCAACCAAAGGUUGUGCUGGAUUUUCACCGAUACGUUAUUGCGUAUCUGUCAAUAGUGGCACCUGGGGAGAAGGAUGUCCUGGAUAUGGCGGAGGUGUUCUACAAACGCGCCCAGGAAUACUUUGACUUGAACGAGCACGUCGAGGGGUCACACGCGAGGCUCUACUACGGGUCCAGCUGCGCCUACUUGGCUGAUUGCCGCUACGUUCGUAAUAACACGGAGGACCGCCACCAAGCGCGCAGUCUUCUUUUCCAAUCCAUAUGGUGUUAUGCCAACGCUCCGUGGGCGAACAGAGCAAACGCUGAACGUCAGAUGAAGAAGUUAAGGGAAUGGUGCGAGGAGGCGAACGACAUGGAGAGACUGGGUAUGCUGCGGGGUAUUGAAGACAUGAUGGAAGAGGAAGCUCGCCAGAGAGGUGGUCCUUUGAUCCCUAGGGCAGCAGCAACUUGA